ACACAGGCAGCCCAUUGUUGGAGCCCCUUCGGCGCGGCGGGAGCAGGAGCUGUUGAUGGCGAUGAUGACGAUGCAGACGGGAGGACUGAUGAUGGCCGCCCUGGGCUGGCUGGGCUCCAUCCUCACCUGUGCCCUGCCCAUGUGGAAGGUGACGGCCUUCAUCGGCUCCAACAUCGUGGUGGCCCAGGUGUUCUGGGAAGGGCUGUGGAUGAACUGCGUCUACGAGAGCACGGGGCAGAUGCAGUGCAAGGCCUACGACUCCCUGCUGGAGCUCACCUCUGACCUGCAAGCUGCUCGUGCCCUGGUGGUCACCUCCAUCUUCGUGGCCUGCCUUGCCUUCUUCAUCGCCCUCUCGGGAGCCGACUGCACCCGCUGCGUGGACGACAGCGGCACCAAGAGCAGGAUCUCCGCGGUGGCAGGCGUCAUCUUCAUCAUGGCCAGCAUCAUGCUGCUCAUCCCUGUCUCCUGGUCUGCCAACAGCAUCGUCAGCAACUUCUACAACCCCAUGGUGCCCGAGGCCCUCAAGAGAGAGCUGGGGGCUGCCCUCUACAUCGGCUGGGCCUCCAGUGCCCUGCAGCUCUUUGGUGGGGGCGUCCUGUGCUGCUCAGGAUCCCAGUCCCAGCAGGACCCCUACCCCAAGAAGUACAGGGCAGUGAAAACCUGCGGCCCAAUGGGCUAUGCCAUGAAGGACUACGUGUGA